GCACACGGGUCGGUACUUUUGGUUAAAGGCCAGAAAUAGGGGGUCGAAAGUCACGUCCCUAGCCCUGAGAAAUGUGGGAGACAGUGCCUCGGGUCAAGGGGGGUACCAACCAAUAUCUGAGUCAAGAGCUGUGUCCAGUAGCCCAACGUGAGGCAGUUGACUCUUGGAAAAUGAAGAGUCAACCCAAGCACGGGAUCCCAGGCCCAAAGUCAAAGUCAACCCGCUGGUCAGCCACGGCCGUCGAUCAGAUGCACAUCAGCGGUUCUCUGCAGGUAUCCAGAAGAUUGCCAUGCAAGUGGGACACGAGGGAAAGCUGGGACUGCGCUGCAUCCAGGCCAUUGAUUUUCAGAUCAUCUGGGCCGUCGACCCAAGGAGACUGGGAGGCUGGUCAAGGUGAGGCAACACUAGAUAGAGUUGGAUUUACCAAGGAAGGCAAGCUCCUUGCUCUCGAUCUGGAGUUGUACUGCAAUGGAGGAAACUCGAUGGAUCUCUCACGAGGAGUCAUGGAACGGGCGGUGCUUCAUUCCGAUAACGUUUACGUAAUUCCAAAUAUCAGCGUAAAAGGGAACGUGUGCGUCACAAAUCAACCGUCAAACACAGCAUUCCGCGGGUUUGGCGGUCCUCAAGGAAUGUUGGUUGCAGAAAUGUGGAUGGAUCACAUCGCUGCGACUCUAGGGAAGCCAACGGAAGAGAUUCGGGCACUCAAUCUGCAAUCUGAAGGGUACGAGCUGCACUAUGGGCAGAAGCUAACAAGAUUUCAUGUCCCGAAGAUGUGGAAUGAGCUCAAGGACACGCGAGGACUGGACGCGGCACAAAGGGAGGUGGAUGAAUACAACUCGAAGAACAAAUGGCGUAAGAGAGGAUUAGCAAUGGUCCCUACAAAGUAUGGGAUCAGUUUUGGGGUCAAGUUUUUGAACCAGGCAGGUGCUUUGGUCCAUAUCUACACGGAUGGCACGGUGCUCGUCACGCACGGAGGAGUGGAGAUGGGGCAAGGGCUGCACACCAAGGUUGCACAGGUGGCUGCCACGUGUCUCGGUGUUCCUCUGAGCUCCGUAUUCAUCUCAGAAACAAGCACAGACAAGGUUCCGAAUGCGUCUCCGACUGCUGCCUCUGCGAGCUCUGACCUCUACGGCGGAGCAGUGAUGGAUGCUUGCCAGCAGCUCAAUGCACGGAUGCAGCCGGUGAAAAAUAGAUUUCCACCAGGAACUUCGUUAGGAGUAAUUGCCGAUGCAUGUCACAAGGAGAGAAUUGAUCUGAGCGCACAUGGGUUCUACGUGACACCGGGCAUCGACUUCGAUUGGAGUGUGGGCCGUGGAAGUCCGUAUGCAUAUUUCACGUCCGGAGUAGCAAUUGCCGAGGUAGAGAUAGACGCUCUCACAGGGGACUUCCACGUCAUUCGUGUGGAUAUCUUUAUGGAUAUCGGAAAGCCACUUAAUCCAGCAAUUGACAUUGGCCAGAUUGAAGGGGCGUUCGUUCAAGGGAUGGGGUGGGCGACCAUCGAAGAACUCAAGUGGGGAGACAUAGAGCAUCCGUGGAUAAGGCCAGGGCACCUGUUUACGCAAGGACCUGGUGCUUACAAAAUCCCCACGGUGAACGACAUCCCUAUCGACUUCCGAGUCACACUUUUGAAGGAAGCUCCAAAUCCCAGAGGAAUUCUGUCAUCGAAGGCGGUCGGUGAGCCGCCACUUUUCCUGUCGGCAUCGGUAUUUUUUGCAGUAAAGGAUGCCAUCGCUGCAGCAAGGAGGGAAAGGGGAUUGAAGGGAUGGUUUGCACUGGACUCUCCAGCGACACCAGAGAGAAUUCGAAUGGCAUGUGCAGACGAGUUUACAGCCCCGUUUGCCGGUCCGGACUUGAGGCCAAAGAUCAGUGUAUAGCGAAAGAUGUUUUUUGAAUUAAUUGGUUUGCUGAUCUCUAGGUCGAGCACGAUCGGUAUGCUGCCUGUGCUAACUCAGUAAACACCUGGAUGCUAUGCAUGCUUACCUGCCUGUGCGAGGUUACUUCGCCCAGACAGCAUUAGACAUAGCAUAGCAUCGGACAUAGCAUGAGGCAUAGCAUUGGACAUAGCAUGAGACAUAGCAUUGUACAUAGCGUCGUACAGAGCAUCGGGCAUAGCAUUGUACAAUAGUGUCGUACAGAGCAUCAGGCAUAGCACCAGACAGAGCAUUAGACAUAGCAUCAACAUAGCAUAGCAUUAGACAUAGCAUCAACAUAGUAUAGCAUCAGAUGUAACAUAGCAUUGCUUAGUACAUUCCUCUAUGAGCAAGGUACUGCUCUGCUGGUAAUAUUCAUACUGUUACAUCACACAUAGCACCAGACAUAACAUCAGACAUAGCAUUGCUUAGUAUAUCCCACCAUGGGGGAGGUACCACUCUGAGACUCCUGGUAGUAUCAGCACUACUUCAUAAGAAAGAGCAGCAGAAGUAGUAUCAGGCAUAGCAUUGCUUAGUACAUCCCUCCUUGAAGGGGGGGUACUUCAGCUCUUUUAGCAGGUUGGUUACAUCUACAACCGAAAUGGAAACCUAGUGUUUCUUGGUUUAAGAAUGCGGAAUCUCGUCUUAAUCAUCAUUUAUCUGGUCGUUUUGGAGUUAGUUCAUUGGCUUGGUCUGGACAUUUGGUUCCCGGAAGCCAGAGGACAACAUGUAAGAUGGGACAAUUUUUUAAUUUCUAGGGGACACUUUGUUAUUUGGGAAGAGUUGAAUGCCUGAAACGAAGGAAAAAGAAAAGGGCUAAUUUGCGAAAUACCCCUAUAAGUUGGGAUAUAUGCCAAAAUGCCCCUAAAAAAUCUGGGUAGAGCGGAAUACCCCUCUGACACGAAAAAUGUUUUGCGAAAUGCCCCUGGUGUCGGUUGGACCUGCCAUCUUUGCAAAAACCCCUACCGGGUACUGUCCAUCUUUGCAAAAUGUCCCAGUACUUGCCAACUUUUCCCAGGCCCCAUGUAUUUUCGUCUUAUUCCAAGUGGCCGAGGUCAUCUUUGCGUUUUGGCCCCUCGCCCAUAGAUAGACGGACAGAGAGAGAGAGAGAGAGAGAGAGAGAGAGAGAGAGAGAGAGAGAGAGAGAGAGUUCGCAGGAGGAUUUCAGAGAUGUUGACACGGCAUAGGAGGAGCUGGAGAUGGGGAACCUUACCAGGGAGGACAAUGAAUGAAGCUCCUGAACGCAG